AUGGGUAGAGAAGAAGAGAAAGAGAGUGGGAGGAAGAAGACGAAGAGUUUUGGAAGCAUAAGAUCCAUAUUUAUGCAUGCAGACGGUGUAGAUUGGUUGCUUAUGGGAUUAGGGUUAAUCGGAGCCGUCGGUGAUGGUUUCACAACUCCUCUUGUUCUUCUCAUCACAAGCAAGCUCAUGAACGAUCUUGGUGGUUCUUCUUUCAACACUGAAACCUUCAUGCAAAGCAUCUCCAAGAAUUCUGUAGCUUUGCUUUAUGUGGCUUGUGGUUCUUGGGUUGUCUGUUUCCUUGAAGGAUAUUGUUGGACAAGAACAGGGGAGAGACAAACAGCAAGAAUGAGAGAAAAGUAUUUAAGAGCAGUGUUAAGACAAGACGUGGGUUACUUUGAUCUUCAUGUCACAAGCACUACUGAUGUUAUCACAAGUGUCUCUAGUGAUAGCUUUGUCAUACAAGACGUCCUCAGUGAAAAGUUACCGAAUUUUUUGAUGAGUGCAUCAACGUUCGUUGGAAGCUACAUAGUUGGCUUUAUAUUGCUAUGGAGACUCACCAUAGUUGGCUUACCAUUCGUUGUCCUCUUAGUGAUCCCGGGACUUAUGUAUGGACGAGCCCUCAUGAGCAUUUCGAAGAAGAUACGCGAAGAGUACAACGAGGCUGGUUUUGUAGCUGAGCAGACAAUUUCUUCGGUAAGAACCGUCUAUGCGUUUUCUGGGGAGAGGAAGAUACUAUCCAAGUUCUCAACUGCUCUUCAAGGGUCGGUAAAACUGGGAAUUAAACAAGGUCUUGCUAAAGGAAUUACCAUUGGGAGCAAUGGAAUCACUUUCGCCAUGUGGGGGUUCAUGUCUUGGUACGGAAGCCGGAUGGUCAUGUACCAUGGUGCUCAGGGUGGUACCGUCUUUGCUGUUGCAGCCUCUGUUGCCAUCGGUGGCGUAUCCCUUGGUGGUGGUUUGUCUAAUAUCAAGUACUUCUUUGAGGCGUCUGCAGCUGGGGACCGAAUCAUGGAAGUGAUAAACAGAGUUCCCAAGAUUGAUUCAGACAAUCCGGAUGGGGACAAACUGGAGAAAAUUAGAGGAGAAGUCGAGUUUAAGAACGUUAAAUUUGUGUAUCCAUCAAGACCUGAAACAUCCAUCUUUGACGAUUUUUGUCUGAGAGUUCCGUCGGGGAAAACCGUGGCUUUGGUGGGAGGAAGCGGGUCGGGAAAAUCUACCGUGAUAUCGCUUUUGCAAAGGUUUUAUGACCCGGCUGCAGGAGAGAUUCUCAUAGAUGGUGUAUCCAUUGAUAAGCUGCAAGUGAAGUGGUUGAGGUCACAAAUGGGUCUAGUUAGCCAAGAGCCUGCGCUUUUCGCCACAUCCAUAAAGAAGAACAUAUUGUUUGGUAAAGAAGAUGCAUCCAUGGAAGAUGUUGUGGAAGCUGCCAAGGCCUCUAAUGCUCAUGAUUUCAUUUCUCAGUUACCUAAUGGCUACGAAACUCAGGUUGGGGAGAGAGGAGUGCAAAUGUCAGGAGGACAAAAGCAGAGGAUUGCGAUCGCACGCGCAAUAAUCAAGUCGCCAACAAUUCUUCUUCUAGACGAGGCAACAAGCGCAUUGGACUCUGAAUCCGAAAGAGUAGUCCAAGAAGCACUAGAAAAUGCCUCAGUCGGUCGUACCACUAUCCUUAUUGCUCACCGUCUCUCUACCAUUCGUAAUGCUGAUGUUAUCUAUGUGGUCCAGAACGGUCAUGUUGUGGAAACUGGGUCACACGAUGAGCUAAUGGAAAACUUAGAUGGACAAUACACUUCACUAGUCCGCUUACAACAGAUUGAAAAAGAAGACCCAGAUGUGACGAUAAGCGUCAAUGUGCAAAUGGGUCCAAUCUCAGAUACUAGCAAAGAUAUAAGGAGUAGUUCAAGAGUCUCGACUCUUAGUAGAUCAAGCUCUGCUAACUCAGCAACAGGUUCAAGUAUUGUGAAGAAUAUUUCUGAAAAUAACAAGCCGCCUGUACCUUCGUUUAAGAGAUUGUUGGCAAUGAAUUUACCAGAAUGGAAACAAGCAUUGUACGGUUGCAUAAGUGCAACCUUGUUUGGAGCCAUACAGCCGGCGUACGCAUAUUCUUUGGGGUCGAUGGUAUCGGUUUAUUUUCUGACGAGCCACGAUGAGAUCAAGGAGAAAACAAGGAUCUACGCAUUAUCUUUUGUAGGGCUAGCCGUGCUUUCUUUACUGAUUAAUAUCAGUCAGCACUACAAUUUUGCAUACAUGGGCGAAUAUUUGACUAAGCGUAUCCGAGAACGGAUGCUCUCUAAGGUUCUAACCUUUGAACUUGGUUGGUUCGAUCGAGAUGAGAACUCGAGCGGUGCCAUUUGUUCUAGACUCGCAAAAGAUGCUACUGUGGUGAGGUCGUUGGUAGGUGAUCGGAUGGCAUUAUUGGUACAAACAAUUUCGGCUGUAACCAUAGCUUGCACAAUGGGCUUAGUCAUCGCUUGGAGGUUAGCACUUGUGAUGAUCGCCGUCCAACCGUUGAUUAUUGUUUGCUUCUACACUCGCCUGGUUCUACUCAAGAACAUGUCCCAAAAAGCAAUCAAGGCUCAGAAUGAGAGUAGCAAACUAGCUGCAGAGGCUGUUUCCAACAUCCGAACCAUCACGGCCUUUUCAUCACAAGAACGUAUCAUGAGAAUGCUUGAAAAGGCUCAAGAAAGUCCGCGGAGAGAAAGCAUCCGUCAGUCAUGGUUUGCAGGGAUCGGACUCGCGAUGUCGCAGAGCCUCACAUCGUGCACGUGGGCUUUGGAUUUCUGGUACGGUGGUAGAUUGAUAGCUGAUGGGUACAUCACGGCUAAAGCUUUGUUUGAGACGUUUAUGAUCUUGGUUAGUACUGGUCGGGUCAUUGCUGAUGUUGGAAGCAUGACCACGGAUCUAGCUAAAGGUUCAGAAGCUGUUGGGUCUGUUUUUGCUGUAUUGGAUCGGUACACAUUAAUUGAUCCGGAGGAUCCAGAUGGAUAUGAGCCAGAGAAAAUAACGGGCCGGGUCGAAUUUCUCAAUGUAGACUUCUCGUACCCAACUAGACCGGAUGUGAUGAUAUUUAGAGAUUUCUCGAUUGAAAUCGACGCGGGAAAGUCGACUGCGAUAGUAGGUCCAAGCGGGUCGGGUAAAUCAACCGUAAUCGGGUUGAUCGAACGGUUUUAUGACCCGGUUAAAGGUGUUGUAAGGAUCGAUGAUCGUGAUUUAAGAUCAUACAAUCUUAGAUCGCUUCGUCAACACAUAGCUUUGGUUAGCCAAGAGCCAACAUUGUUCGCUGGGACGAUCCGAGAGAACAUCAUAUACGGAAAAGCAUCGGAUAAAAUCGACGAAUCCGAGAUCAUCGAGGCAGCGAGGGCAGCAAACGCUCACGAUUUCAUCACAUCAUUAUCGGAUGGCUACGACACACCCUGCGGAGACAGAGGAGUACAGUUGUCCGGUGGACAAAAACAGAGGAUAGCGAUCGCUAGAGCGGUUUUGAAAAACCCAUCAGUGUUGCUCCUUGACGAAGCGACAAGCGCUUUGGACAGCCAAUCGGAGCGUGUGGUGCAAGACGCGCUGGAGCGUGUUAUGGUCGGGAGGACGAGCGUUGUGAUCGCACAUAGGCUGAGCACGAUCCAAAACUGUGACACAAUCGCUGUUCUAGACAAAGGCAAACUCGUGGAACGUGGUACUCACUCCUCCUUGUUGGCAAAAGGUCCCACUGGUGUUUACUUCUCAUUGGUCAGUCUCCAGAGAACUUCUUGUUAA